GCACCAUGCGGCCGCAAGCUCCGCCCCCGCCGCCCCCAGCGUCAGCCAGAGGCCUAGCCAUGCUCCUGCUGCUGCUGCUCGCCUCUCCGCCACCCGCCCGCGCCGUCGACGUCUCACAAUGCGUCGCGCCACUGGGGAUGGAGUCCGGGGCCAUCGCUGACGAGGACAUUAGCGCCAGUUCAUCCUUCGACAGCGGCAACGUGGGACCGCAGAAUGGAAGGGUUCGCACGGAGCGGCAGGGAGGCGCUUGGUGCCCCAAGCAGCAGGCGACGAUGGAGCCCAAGGAGUGGCUGGAGGUGGACCUACGGCAAGUGCACCUGGUCACCGCCACCGAGACGCAGGGCCGCUUCGGUAACGGCCAGGGCCAGGAGUUCGCCGAGGCGUACAUGCUGGAGUACUGGCGGCCCAAGCUGGGCAAGUGGGUCCGCUACCGCGACUCCAAGGGCCGGGAGGUACUGAAAGGCAACAGCAACACGUACCUGGAGUCGAAGCAGCAGCUGGAGCCGGCCAUAUGGGCGAGCAGGGUGCGCUUCCUGCCCUACAGCUACCACCGCAGGACCGUCUGCAUGAGGGUCGAGCUGUACGGCUGCCGGUGGACAGACGGCGUGGUGAGCUACUCGAUGCCCCAGGGCGACAAGCGCGGCGCCGGCUGGGAGCUGUUCGACGCGACGUACGACGGCCACUGGGACGGCGAGCUGCGCCGGGGGCUGGGCCAGCUGACGGACGGCCGCGUCGCCGCCGACAGCUUCCGGCCCGGCCACUACCCGGUGCUGGACAAAGGUCAGGGCUGGGUCGGCUGGAGGAACGACAGCCGUGGUGGACAGCCCGUCGAGAUUAAGUUCGAGUUCGAUAAGGUGCGCGAGUUCAACGCUGUCCACAUCUUCUGCAACAACCAGUUCACCAGAGACGUGCAGGUGUUUUCGGAGGCGAACGUCCUGUUCAGCGUGGGUGGCAAGCACUACGACGGGGAGCCCAUCACGUACACCUACAUCGAGGACUGCAUCUUCGAGAACUCGCGCAACAUCUCCAUCAAGCUUCACCACCGCGUCGGCCGCUUCGUCAAGCUGCGGCUGCACUUCGCCAACCGGUGGAUCAUGAUCAGCGAGGUCACCUUCGAUUCAGUGGUCGCACAUGGGAACUUCUCGGAGGAAGUGGUCCCGGUACAGGACGCCCCUGCCCAGACCGACGUCUUCAUCGACCGCAAGAAGCAACACGUCGGCGGCCGGCCCGUGUCGACGGCGACGGAGGAGGAGCACACGUACCUGGCGGUCAUCAUCGGCGUGCUGAUGGCGCUGGUGCUGCUGCUGGCUGCCGCCAUCUCGCUCAUCGUGUCCCGCCACCGCCAGCGCAAGUGCUUCGCGUCGCCGCUGGCCGCCAAGGUGGCGCUGGCACCCACGCUGGCCGGCGCCGCCCCCGCCACCGGCACCUCCAGCGCCGCCUCGGCCGCCGGCACCGCCAAGAGCGGCGCCUCGUUCGCCGCCAAGGAGGUGGUCGGCGCCGCGGCGGGGGCGGCGCCCGCCGGCUGCGGCCGCUCCUGGGAGGGCACACUGGACCCACUGCUCGUCGCCAGCGAUUACCAGGAGCCCUACCACGCCCUCAAGUACGCGCCCUACUACAGCUACAGCAGCGUGCUCGUCGACGUGGGCGGCACCUUCGGGAAGCGCUUCCCGAUGCACGACGAGCCGGUCCACGACUACGCCGUGCCUGACACAGGGGUGCGGCCUCCUGCUGCGCCGUCGCCCUCCCCCGCGGUCAGUCUCAAGGACACGGGCAGCCUGCUUUCCAGGGACAACAAGACUGCGUCCAAGGGCAAGAAGUCGCCGUGCCGGCAGGAGGCGCUGUCGGCGCUGCGGCGGCGGCUGCAGCAGACGGCCGUCCCGGAGUUCCCCAGGCACCGGCUGCGCAUGCUCUCCAGGCUGGCCGAGGGCGCCUUCGGAACGGUGUACAUAGCGGAGGCGGACGGGGUGCCCGAGUACGGGAAGGCGACGACGCUGGGCAAGCGGCUGGUGGCGGUCAAGCUGCUGCCGACCGGCGCCGCCGACCAGGAGAAACAAGUGUUCCUGCGCGACGUGCACAUCCUGGCGGCGCUGGAGGACGCCAACCUGGCGCGCGUGCUGGGCCUGUCCAGCAGCGAAGAGCCGCUGGCGGUCGUCAUGGAGUACCUGCAGCACGGCGACCUCACGCAGUUCCUCAGGGCGCACCAGAUGGCCGACGACGACGACCACCUGCUGGCCGCCAACUCGCUCAGCUUUAACUGUUUGCUGUAUAUGGCCUGCCAAAUAGCAUCUGGAAUGCGAUACCUCGAAACGCUGAACUUCGUUCACAGAGAUCUUGCCACAAGGAACUGCUUGGUCGGCGAGGGCUACCAGGUGAAGGUGUGCGACUUCGGAACACACAACGAACUCUACGAGGCCGACUACUGCAAGGUGGACGGCGUGACGGGGCUGCCGGUGCGGUGGAUGGCGUGGGAGUCGGUGCUCCAGGGCCAGUACACGACCAAGAGCGACGUGUGGUCGUUCGGCGUGACGCUGUGGGAGGUGCUGACCCUGGCGCGCCGGCGGCCGCUGGAGCCGCUGUCGGACGCGCAGGUGCUGGCCGAGCUGGCGCGCCUCGGCGACGACGACAGCGACGUGGACGGGUGCGCGCUGCCGCUGCCGCUGGCGCCGCCCCCGCGCUGCUCGAGCGACGUGCUGGACCUGCUGGACGAGUGCCGCCGCCGGCACGCCGCCCACCGGCCCUCCUUCCGCGAGAUCCACCUCUUCCUGCAGCGCAAGACGCUGGGCUACGUGCCCCGCGCCGCCUCCUGAUCGCCUCGCCUCGCCUGCUAGUGCUGUGGACGCUCGUGCGCAGCUGUCAUUUUGUACGACCUACAUUCGGGUGCUUCUUCUGGAGAUCUGGACUCGCUGUGAUACGAGAUGCUGCCUAAAAGUUUGAGGAACUCCUGCUUCCCACUGUGGACAGACCUGAGCCAUCGAUUAUUUUCUUGUUUUGAAUCGAUGUACGGAGCUGAAUGAUUACUCCAGACCCAAUAUACAGUGUAUCACAUGUUCUCACUGUCUAUAUGUGGUGAUUCUUUAAAUUUCUUGUCACUUGUUAUCUGGCAACUUUUCAUCAGUUUUUCGGUGUUACUUUCGCGUUCUACCGAAGAGAAAUUUUUAAUCAAAGAAUCCCUGAAACAACAACACUUACACCUCUCCAUUGUGAAGAAGUAUGGACGAAAACUUUAAUACUAAUGGACUCACAAAGAGAUUUGGAAUCCCUUGAAUUAUGGGAAUUGCUUGCGCUGAAGGUAAUCCUCGUAACUUUUCGGUAGUAGCUCACUCACUACAUGCACAUAUCUUUUUUUACUAGUGACGAAGAGUAAUCCCUUCUACUCGGUCACCACAUAGUGAUGUUAAGAUAUAUUCAAAAUGUAACACUUGUUUCAGGCCGUGAAAACGGGCGAAAAAUUAUCUCACGACCACUGUAAUCUGACUCCUCUCAUAAUUAUCACCAGAUAAUAAGUAGCAGCGUAAAUGCAUUGAGAAAAAUAGCAGCAGUACUUGAAAGAAGAGGACUUUUAUACAUAACCAUUCGAUGCUUAUCGGUAACUUCUCCGAUGAUUUUAUUUCCCGUAACGGCAAUUGCUUUUAUAACUUGUUUGCUAAGACAAGACUGUUUGAUCUUGGAACGCCGAAAUCCGAAGAGACUGGUUGUAGAAAGAGCUGUAAUGUUUGCAUUCACUCAUUCAUCUGGAGGAGUUUGUGUGGAAACCAAACUUAAAACCAGUAUACUUUACGGUAAACCAUUCACCACUUUAGCACAAGAGAUGCAAAUGAGUCUUCUUGUCGCUUACAGUAGACUGUUCAGAAACUUCAGUCUUCUUUCUGACCUGUAUUCCGUUCAUUUCAUCUCGAAAUUAACUGUGAAUUUUGCAUUGGUACCUACUUUUCCUGUCCUAACCAAAGCAUACAUUAAAUUCUACUUUUAGUCAUUAACUUAAGUAAAUCAGUCUGUGAGUAUUUUGUUAAAUUAUGUAUUGAUCUUACUUUGACUCGUGAAUAUGAAAAUUAAAUUAUAACGCUUUAGGUUUCAAGAAUUUAAACAAUCAGUGAUGACAUUAACAAUUAUCUGUGAUAAAAUAAUACUAGUUAUCAGAUUGCACUUCUCUUAGGAAACUCAUGUAUGAGAAUGUCGCCUUUUAAAGAGCAGUAUUCUCUUCUUGUUGUUUUUAGUGUUGUUAGAGGACCAAUGUUAUCAGUUAUCGAUACGAUAUGCCGCUUCUGUACUUCAACACGCUCUGAAAACAAAUACUGUUCACUUUCAGGUUAACAUUUGAAAUGCUCCUGUUUAAACAUGUACCUCGGCAGUAGAAUUUCCUGUUCUGUAGAGAAACUUCAAUUUGUUAGUAUUCCUUUCCAUCCUCCGUAUUUAUAUCGAGUACCUGCUGGCAACCAUCUCUGAAAUCGUUACUCUUUUCUUUCACUGAUCUGUCCUGGAAGACACGCAUCGCUAGAAGAUUAUUCUCCCAGGAUUCGUUGAUUUCGUUACGUUCAAGAUUACCUUCGUUGAUUUCGUUUCAUUCAAGAUUACCUUCGAUUCUAUUUUCAUUCAAGGCAAACGAGUGCCAUUAUCAUCAUUUAACUCUCUAAUAUAUUCCCAGUCAUUAAUAUUUGAGCUGUAUUGCUGCUUUCUACUUAACACUUUGCAUUCGGACGCUUUCUUUAUUACACAGAAGUGAAAAUAUUAUUUUGUUCUUUAGGUUUUAGCAAUAAGUCUUCUUCGUAGCUUGAAGAGUGAAUUCGUAUUUGAAUAUAUUUAUGAUAAGUGCUUUUGAUUUGUAAAUUAUUUGUGAAUAGGAAAUAUAACAGUUUCAGACUGGCCUAAAUAGUGAAUACGUGGUAAAUAAUUCACAAAUGGUUAUGAAAUUGAUAAUUUGUGAAUGUUAGGAAAAGGCAGUUUAUUUCGUCAAUUGCGUCAGUAAGUAUGUAAAUACAAAGGUCAUUCAAAUGAAAACCAGAAUCCGUGGAACAAUAUCAAGAAUCUUUUCUCGUUUUAUGGGAAUAUUUUCUCGAACAAUAAUAACUACUCACUUUAAAAUAACGUCUCUUCUCUAGAAAUUUGGGGAAAAACAUAGUAUUGCGAUGUCCGCCACAUCAUUUUCCUCUACCUAUGAUUAAUCUGGAUGUCCUUAGACGUUAUCUCUUAUUUAUCACUUAAAUCUGAUACCUGAUUCACAUCACGCAUAAAGAAGAUAGGAAAGAAUGUCUUCAUCCAAGCGUGACGCUUUCUGGGAAUAAAACCUUCCAGCUUCCUUGUAACAGGAAUAUUAAGGUACUCAAUUCAUAAUUAUCAUUGUACUAUGCCUAGUGACAUCAAAGAUUAGUAUUUUUGUUGCUUCCACUAAGAUCCACUGGAGUGUCAUACAAGAUAAUUUUGUAUAAGACUGGUGGGGAAAAUCAUUUUCUUAAAAUGAUUGUGACAUUAGACCCAGAAGAAGGCCGCUGCAACCGUGGUCGAAACGUUGGUUUUUCUCCAGCAGCAGUAGUUUUAUACAUUAUGACGCGGUACCAUACUCAGAAACUUUUAUGUCGAUUGUGACACAGUGAUUUGUGCGCAUUAGGAAUACAAAUGAUCACACAGACCUCAAUCGAGAGGCUGCAGACGAGGACAUGUCUUUAUUUGCCUUAACAUUUCCUACAGAUUACGGUGUAAAGGUACAAGAAGAUGAAAGGAAAUGAGAGGAACAGAAUGAAUAGGCGAAUGAAAGCUGAGAGAGACGUACAGGUAGAGCUGGAGACUGACAAAUACACAGACUCGGAAAUGGAUAGGGGACAUGAUGAACCAUUGUAGGAGGAACAAAGUGUUAUAGAAGGGGUGGGAGAGACAGAACUGGUGGGGCGUAAUAGGUGUUUGGAUAGCCUGGGGAAUGUUAGAGAACAAGUAGAGCAAAUCAAACAUGUUACAGAACGUAAGGAUGCUGAUGUAUGGUGGGUAGGACAAUAAAGGGGAACAGAAGUAGUUUUCAGACGAUUUUUGACACAUAUUGAUUACUCGCUCCGAGAGAAAACAGCAAUUCUGCUUACUAGUUCCUGCAACAACCUUUUUCGAAUCAUGAUAAAAGAUGGAUCCGUAGGAGAAGGCUCUCACGCAACCGAAAUAUCACGGAAAAAGGAAACCCUGUAACAAAGCGACAGCUGCCUUAGUUUAGUAACAUUGGCGAGUUAUACGCCUCUCGACAGGUGCUGGACAACUUAACCGUAAUAUCUAAUAAGUGCAAAUAUCGCCUCAGACAGCAUUGUGUGAAUGCUCCAUUCCGUUUUAAUAUUUUGUAGGUUUGCUUGCUUCACUAAAAUUUUAUUGCAACUUUGAACCUAAUGUGUGCACUGUACAACACAAUUUUUGUUAACUUCGGGUAUGGCCUACUACGAAACUCAUCUACCGAUUUCGGAGGGCUUUCAAGUUUUCAACUUAAUUAAUUUUUGCCGUGCAGAUGUCUGGUUUUUCGUUUCAGUGGCUUUUGUAUUUUGUUACUGACGCCUUUCUGUAAAUAUUGCUUGUUUGAAUUAUUAGGCCAAAGAGUAUUCUAGUUAUGAAACGACAAACCUGUCGUUACUUGUAAUUUUCAGACGCAAUAACUAAACAUAAAACUACACGUUAUACAGAUAUAGUCCUCAGAGCGAUGUAAUCAGUGGCAAUAUGAGCUGAUAAAUGUUUAAACUUUCACGGUAAAUGUAGGGUUGUAAUGAAGUAUUUAUUGAUAAUGCAUUGUAGAAAAUUGUACUGGUUGUAUGAAGAAGUUUAUUUUGUAAUAUAUUGUAAAUAUCUAGUAGAGACGAGUGUAAAUAUGAAGAAUAAUAUGUGUAACAUCUGUCACUACUACUGCCGUCACUAUUACUUACAAAAGUAUGAGAAAUUAACACUUUCCCAAGAUGGAACCAUUAAACCAUGGUACCAGUAUUGCAAACUGGCUCUCCUGUGGCCUCAGAAACGAUUGUCAUUCUUUGUUAGAGCAUAGUCUACUGUCAAGUAUUCUUUCAUGAAUUAUUUUCUCCUGGUCCCUUUCACUUGGAUCACUAUAUUUUCUACAAUUACAGAUACAAACAUUGCUAAAGUUGGAAAAAUUACCGUUUCCUUUAAAAAGUAUUAACCUCAUAUUUUCUUGUUACCUCAUGUCACUAUUUUAUGUUUUCCAUAUUCAUGUGUUGCCGAAGUAUGAGUCCUACCAUAAAAAAUGUUGACAUUAUUUGCAAACAGACAGUAGCUGUAAUGACAAAAUAUGUAUGCACUACUUUGUAGCUACGGCCCCCACCCCAUCCGUUUCUGCGCAUUUUGUUUAUACAUGUUGUCGCCCAACAGACACCUCCCCUAUUCUGUUGGAUGGAGUCUUGGAUCACUCCUCAGUUUCCCAUUCCUCGUUUCGACCCAUACUGCUGCUUAUGUUUUUUUUUUUUCAUUUAAGACCACACUGUAUUGGAUCAAAACGGAAUUUGUUCUUUUUAGUUACUGAAAUGUUGCGUUCAUUUCAAUAACAUUUUAACGGAUAAACCAGUUACUUGAUAUCAGCAUUUUCUGCUUGAGACAGCUUUUAAAUUUACGUACGUACCGCAUCGUUGCGUGCCGUCAACGUCACUGACUUGAAAUAACUUUACAGUGACAGGCCUCUUCCAAUCUCUUAAACUCACUUCUUUAUGUUCUGACAACUCUCCAUUACCGUGUAUUCAAGUCUAAUGCGACGACUGGUUUCAAGUGUUUCCUCAAUCAUGGGUGGCAGUAAUAAACUUACAAGGAGGAUAGUGAGAAAGUACAAAUAUUUUCGGAAUUUUCUUUUCAAAAUUUCACAGGAAACAAAGGUUGAAUAUGUUUAUAAAGCUCAUCUUUGUUUUUCAUUUCCGUGAGCAUCGUCAGCAAACAGUAAAGCUGAGGUGCUGUUGCGUAGCAAAUCGAAGUGUGGUGCAAUGUUGGUAGUGGAGAAUCAUUAUAAAUUUGUAGCAAUUUCUUCAUAUAUGCACAGUGAAUAGUAUUUUUAAUAGCGAGCCUGAAAAAUGGAACUCAUAAAAUACGUAUCUAUUAUAUAGAUAAACAACGAUGUUAAAGGUUUUAGAGUGAAUAAUAUUAAUUACAUGGAAAUACGAAAUGUUACUUUUGCAGCUGUAUCAUAGUGAAAAGUGGGACUUUUCACGAUAUUUCAAUUAUAUUACGUGUUGUAUCUAAUGUUGCGUUACCUUUUAGAACUGUGGAAACCUGUAUCAUGUUAAUAAUGUGGCACUCAACAGCUUGUUGAAUUGGUAACAUUGUAUGCCACAUGUUUAACUUUUGGUUUCUACCUCAAAGGACGCGAAAUCUCUCAAAGACUUCCUAGUAACCAAGAGACUGUCGGAAAGUGUUGAGACAUUGCAUGCAGGUAACGGUUUAUCGUACAACACUAAAUAAACUUAUUUCUUGUCUGAUUAAAAUAUAAGCACAAAUUAUGUUGAGUGAAUAGAUACGCUGUCAUAAAAAGAUAAACUGUUUUGUUAUCACACUGUUCACAAACAAUAGGAAAAUAAAGUCA